AGCACACUGGCGCAUGAGUCAAACCUGCGUCACACAUGGUCGUGACUUGCCAUAGUAAUAAUUUUUUUUCUUCUUCUUCUUGGUCCAUCCUGUCGAGGGGUUUGCAGUGCGCAGCUCCUCCUCUUCGAUGUUCUCCUUCGAGAUGAUCCACGCGCACUUUUCGCGUAUCGCGCGCCCACCCGUGAGCGCGAUGCUGCACACGGACACGAAGAGCCUCUAAAAACCCACGACGAGAAGCACAACUUCCUUCCGCUGCCUCUGAAUCUCCCAAUAAGACGCCUCCCAGCCUCCUCUCUUCGUCACUCCUGCCCACCCGCCUGCCCGCACCCCCCACAGAGUGAGUUCCCACGUGUGUGCCCAGCCAUGCCAAACAACACCCGAGUGACCCAGCUGGAGCACAGCAGCGAGCCGGUCACCGAGUCGGUGGCUGACCUGCUGUCUCUGGAGCACCCAAUGGACUACAAGAGCAGUCAGAUGAGUAUGGGUCUCAGUCCGGGCUCCACUGCCCCAGGAAGAGCCCUGCUGCCCUCCCCUGACCCCGAUGCUGAGGAUGGGAGGCCGGCCUGGAACAAUAAGAUGGAGUACAUCCUGGCACAGGUGGGCUUCUCGGUGGGCCUGGGGAACGUCUGGAGGUUCCCCUACCUGUGUCAAAAGAAUGGUGGAGGUGCCUACCUGGUGCCCUACUUCAUUCUCCUUCUCCUCAUCGGCAUCCCGCUGUUCUUCCUGGAGCUGGCAGUGGGUCAGAGGAUCCGACGUGGCAGCAUUGGCGUGUGGAACUAUGUCUACCCCCAGCUGGGAGGCAUUGGGGUUUCUAGUCUGAUGGUUUGCGGCUUCGUGGGCCUCUACUACAACGUGAUCAUCGGAUGGAGCAUCUUCUACUUCUUCCAGUCCUUCCAGUACCCACUCCCGUGGGCCGAAUGCCCGGUCCACAUCAACGGUACCCAGGCCAUCAUAGAGCCGGAGUGCGAGAAGAGUUCGGCCACAACUUACUUUUGGUACCGUCAGACGCUCAACAUCACCAGUACCAUCGAAGACACAGGCGGCCUCAACUGGAAGAUGACUCUCUCCCUGCUGGUGGCUUGGAUCUUGGUGUGCUUGGCAGUCAUCAAGGGCAUCCAGUCCUCUGGGAAGGUGAUGUACUUCAGCUCUCUGUUCCCGUAUGUGGUCCUCUUCUGCUUCCUGGUGAGAGGUUUGCUGCUGAGGGGCGCGGUGGACGGCAUCGUGCACAUGUUCACCCCAAAGCUGGAGAAGAUGCUGGAGCCGCAGUUGUGGCGAGAGGCGGCCACGCAGGUCUUCUUUGCGCUGGGCCUUGGCUUCGGCGGCGUCAUCGCUUUCUCCAGCUACAACAAGCGGGACAACAACUGCCACUUCGACGCCACACUCGUUUCCCUGAUCAACUUCGUCACGUCCAUACUGGCCACGCUGGUGGUGUUUGCCGUCCUGGGCUUCAAGGCCAACAUCAUGAAUGAGAAGUGUGUCGUGGAGAAUGCGGAGAAGAUCCUGGUAUACCUCAACACCAGCGUGCUGAGCAAAGAACUUAUACCUCCUCACAUCAACUUCUCGCACCUGACCACGCAAGACUAUGCGGAAAUGUACGGCGUUAUUAAAACGGUCAAGGAGGACAACUUUGCCCAGCUGGGCCUCGAUCCUUGUGUUCUGGAGGACGAACUCAACAAAGCCGUGCAGGGAACCGGUCUGGCCUUCAUCGCCUUCACAGAAGCCAUGACGCACUUCCCAGCCAGUCCCUUCUGGUCGGUCAUGUUCUUCUUCAUGCUCAUUAAUUUGGGCCUAGGAAGCAUGAUCGGGACCAUGACGGGCAUCACCACGCCCAUCCUCGACGCCUUCAAGAUACGCAAAGAAAUCCUGUGCGUGGUUUGCUGUAUCAUUGCCUUCCUGUUGGGUCUGCUGUUUGUGCAGCGCUCAGGGAAUUACUUCGUCACCAUGUUUGAUGACUACUCCGCGGGCUUGCCGCUCACGGUGGUGGUGAUUCUGGAGAACAUCUCCGUGGCCUGGAUAUACGGCACCAAAAGGUUUAUGCAGGACCUGGAGGACAUGCUGGGCUUCCGGCCAUACUCCUUCUAUUAUUACAUGUGGCGGUAUGUUUCGCCGGCCGUGCUGGUGCUGCUCAUCGUGGCCACCGUCAUUGAGAUGGCCAUAAGUCCUGCAGGGUACAACGCGUGGGUGGAAGCUGAGGGCUCUGAGCAUUUCCACAGCUACCCUCCGUGGGCUUUAGCCAUGGCCUACUCCCUCAUCGCCGUGGCCAUGCUGCCCUUGCCCGUGGUCUUCGUGGCCCGCCACUUCAACCUGCUGUCGGACGGUUCCAACAAGCUGUCCGUGUCCUACCGCAAAGGCAUGAUCAAGGACAUGUCCAACCUGGGAGAGCAGGACGAGCAGCGCUUCAUCCUCGGCAAGAAGCCUCUCCAGGCGCCCUCCCCAGUGCCCCCCCACCGUGCCUACCUGGGGCCCGGCGGCACACAGGAAAUGACCAACACCAACUAUGGGACCAGCACCAAGACGGGCUACCGGAACAUCGGCUCCCCCGAGUCUGAGCUAUAAUGUUCCGAGCGUUUCGGAAAGAGGUUCCGUUUUCUUUUCUUUUUUUCAUCCCACCUUUAUUCAUCCGGUGGAUCAGGUUCAGGGUUUGUCCAGUGCUCAAUAACUUUAUGUGCUGAAUACAAAUAAGAAUAUGAAAUGUAAAAAAUGUAACAUAAUUUAAAAAGAAUAAAACAGUAACAAAUUUAAAAACAAAACAAAACUCGAAGUGGACAGAAAGCCAGAAUAGGAGUUACUGUAUGUGCUCCCUUUUACGUGUUCCAGUUAAGAGGAGUGCGCCAGCAUUUUGAACCAACUGGUGGCAUUUAAGGAAGGGUGAGAAUCUGUGAAAGCAGUUAUAAUAAUAAACUUUGUUGUUAUUAUUAUUAUAAUUAUUGUUACUAUUAUUAUUACUAUUAUUAUUAUUAUUAUUAUUACCUUUGCUCCAAGAUAAGCCACAUAUUUGUUUUAUGUCUAAGUAAUGCUAUGCCAUUGUUAGCCGAUCUGUGCUAACACUGCAGCUCUGCUUACCUUUUGACAUUGACAUUGCCAAAGUGGUUCUUUUGCUCUGGACCAGCCUAGCUGAUCAUGUCAUCGGCCAUUUGGUAACGUUGGGACAGAAGUGCAGAACGGCUUGCUCAUACUUUCUGAAAUAGAUUGAUUGACUAGGUUGUUACUUUCACCCUUAAUGAGUGGGCAGGCACUCACAGGACACAAAUGUUUGUAUACGAGUCAAUGAGGCUUUUUUUCCCCCUCCCGUUUAAUGACGUGCGAGGGCUCAUCUUUGAUCGGCUCGGUGAGGGCAUAAGAGGUGUGACUUUAGUCUUUUGUGUGUGCGAGGCCCCGGUGUACCCUCAACGUGUAAAAAUAGACCUGUGUUGCCCAGGGGCCGGGGCGGGGUGGUGGUGCCUUGGUAACGCGUCUUAGAUACCAUGAACAUCAGGAGGUUGUUGUCACCUGCGCACCUCUUGGCUCAGCCAUAGAUGAAACGAUUUAUUGUUUAGUUGAAGCAUUCAGCAUGACCAACUCCUUGAAUAAUAAUAAUAAUAUUUAUAAUAAUUAUAUGAAUCAGAUUUAUAAUAAUAAUGAAAAUAAUACUAAUAGCUUACAUUUAUAUACUGUACCACCUUUCAAGGGACCCGAGGAAGCGUAACAAUGUUUUUUUUUUUUUUUUUUUUUUUUUUAUGUCCAGGGAAACAGCAUCACAGAUUUUAGUAGGCUGAGAGUUCCGGAGAAAAUGAAGAAUUCUGGACUUCACAGCCUCUUUGUGGAAAACCAGAACCUCCUUAAUAACCACUAGCACCUUGUGUACAACAUCAAGACUUGUAGUACCUGUAGACCCUUCUUAAUGCAUACGUUCACAUCCUUGUAGUGGACUACCACAACCUCAUUGAUUUGUCACUAGAAGCUUCUGUAGAACAUCUAAACCCGUAGAAUCUCUUGAACCUUCUUAAUGGCCAAGUUUGAUUAUCACUAGAAUCUUCUGUAGAACGUCUAGACCUUGAAAACCUCCAGUCCCUUCUUAAUAGCCAGGUUUAGAACCUUGUAGUGGACUACAGGAACCUCCUCAAUCACCACUAGAACCGUCUGUGGAAUAUCCAGACCUGUAGAAUGUGUAGAACCUUCUUCAUGCACAUGUUCACAUCCUUGAAGUGGACUACUAGAACCUCCUUAAUCAUCACUAAAAGCUUCUGUAGAACCUCUAGAACCUUUUUAAAAGACACAUUCACACAAUGUAGUAGACUACCAGAACCUCCUUGAUCCCCACUAGAACGUCCUGUUGAACAUCUAGACUUGUGGAACCUUUAGAACCUUCUUAAUAGCCUUAUUCCCAACCUUGUGGUGGACUACAGGAACCUCCUUGAUCACCACAAGAACCGGCAAUAGAUUUGGUCAUUAGCAAAAGUUUCAACACUCUCUGGAACUUGAUGGGGAGCCAGCGAAGGUGCUUGCUGUUACCUAACAAGGAGCUGAACAGCAAAGUUCAGUGUUGUUUUUUCCAUUUCUGUGGAUGUCUCCUUAUGUGUUUUUGUGACUCUUCCAGUCCCUCUGUAUCUCUGUUGGAACCUGCUGAUGACACUCCAUCAAAGCUCAGUGGCCGGUUUUAUAGUGUCAUCAGAAGGUUGCAAUAACAAUACAGAAAGACUGGAAGAGUGGACGUCCUUGGAAAUUUGCAUGAAUCAAAUACGUUUUGCUGUUCAGCUCUUUGUUAGAGGACAGAAGUUGUGCAGAAAGUACUGAAACAUUAAACUGUUGGACCCACAGUCAAAUGAAGUUCAGAUGUAAAACUUAUUGUGCAGUUUUAGUUCAUCUUAAAAUUUCACCUGAAAGCCGAAUAUCCCUAAAUAUUCGGCAGUAGUGUACUAAAGACGUGUUGAUGCGUGUUCUGUUUGUUGUUCCUGUACACACUUGUAACCGCUAGGUGUCUCUGCUGGCCAGCAAUGAAGGAGCCUUGCUGUGGCCCCUCCCGGGUCCCAAAGCUUGAGAGUGAUCAGGUGUCUCGUCGCCUUGCGAUUGCACUUUGAUGAUGAUGAUGAUGAUCAUGAUGAUAUCGUUCAGUUGUACCCAAUGUCUCUCAAUAAUUAAUGUUCGUAAAAUUUGCUGCUCUGGCUAAAUGAAUGUCAUUUUUAUUGAAAUAAUCAACAUGUAUUUAGAGCGUUUCGGAAAAGAGCUCUCCUAUUGUUUGCUCUUUUAAAAUGUAAUUAUGUGACACACGUUCGAAAUGUAAGUAAAGUCGUUGCUCGUCUCGCCAGUUAAGUCGUGAUAACUUGCACAACAAAAAUGAAAGUUGCAAUAAUGCUGCGUUGUACAGUAAAGUAAUGGCACACAAAGCCCAAAUGUAUACAAUUUAAAAUAGUUCCCAGGUGUUUUAAUUGCAAGUUUCGUCGAAAUAUCCCAAGCAUUAACAAUAUAUAUAUUUGUUGUCGUGUCGAAAUUAGCCCGUUUCGGGGGGUGGUGCUUUCUCAUGUAAAUGAGUCCCUGGUCACCCCGCCUUCCACUCCACCCAUACCAAUUUCGAGUUUGACAUUUGUUACCGUGAAGGUUAGGGGCUGUGCGAGGGCAUUGCGACGAGGCGAGCCGAUAUUGGUCCCCAAGCAGCCCAACAUCUAAAGAGAAAAGCAAGUCCCCUUAAAGACCAAUUUGUAUUUUUUCUACUUUCACUACUGGAGGCAGCACUUCAUCUCCAAGGCCCCACGUCGACAACCUGCCUCACCUUCAAAUAUGUGACUGCUAUCAGAAGCUAAAACUGUUAGCAAAUCCAAAACUGUGCUAACACUGCAGUUCUUCUUACCAUUUGACGUGACAUCAUAGAGCUUCCGUGUAGUGCGUCCGUCGUCACCUUUUUACCCACUUGCUGCCAAGUCAUAGGUGGAGAAACUCUGUAUGUAAAUGUAUUCUACAUAAAAUUUCAAUCACCAUUUUACCUAAAUUGUUUAAAAAAUAACAUUUCUUAUAAAAUAAAUACAAAUGUAUUGAACUUCAAAGCUCAAUACAACUGAACUGUACUUAGGAAAUGAUUCUAUUGAGUACCACUACAUGGGUACCACAUUUUGAGAAUCAUUGGUACAAGGAAACGUUUUACAUGAUGUCAUCUUGUCUUCUUUAUGGCGAGAGACGAAGCACAUUUGAGCAAAAGCACAUUUGCCUGAGCACAAAGCAGCCGCGUCUCGCUGCUGAGCGAUGAGCUUCCAGCAGCCGGCGAGCUAAAAAUACAACCUAGGAACCAACCAGCCGGCCAGAGAGCGAAUUAGGUAAAGAAACGAAUAUAUCAUGUCAGCUGUUCGUCUUGGCCCAAGGAACAAGGCUGAAAGCACACUAAAUGCCCUAAAAUGCUAGCAUUGGCACAAUACUCCGCAUAUCAUCCUUUUUAACUAGCAAUUAAAAAAAAAAAAAAAACAGAGAAGUACCACAUUUUUCAAUUUUAGGCUCAGAUCAAUGAUAUAGAAUGGAAAAAAAACGGUCCACAAGACUGAAUUUGAUUUGGAUAUUUAGUUGGUCGGGUUUAUGUGACCAGGAAGUUUGGUGAAGGACAUUAGUGAAGAUGUGUUAGCUCGUUAGCCGCCACGACCACAAUCUAUCAAAUGAUCCAUUAGCCAUAUUUGAAAAACGUGUUUCAAACAUGAUUGUAAUCGGCGUCAUGUAGUCCAUCUAACAUUGAAGAAAUACUUUCACUGCUGUUUGUCCAAUCGCAUUACUUUUUUUUUUUUUUUUUUUUUGGUGCUAGAUUAAAAAAAAUGAAAUGAUCAGUCACUUUUUCAUUUUUUGACUUUUGAUUGCCAAUUCAAAAAGAAAAAAGAAAACAUUUCACAAAUUCACAUUAAAUACAAGAACAUGCUGUUAUUGACUUGUUGGAUGUUCAAAUGUGAUGCACAAUGUGUCCUUUUAUCCACCAUGUCUGAAUAUCUUACCACAAUUCUACACAGUUUCCACUCUUAGCACUGUAUACUAUCUGUAUACCAUUUGUCCAUGCUUAUGCGUACAGUUUCAAUUCGGAGGUCUGUUCAUCUUAUUUGUUGUGUUGUGUAACUACAGCUUCAAUUGAGCUUUCGCUAAGCCACAUCCCCCGGAAGGCAGAGUGUCCAAUCAUGGUGCCGCACUGAACAAGAAAGUCCGACACAUUUCUGUGGACGCUGCGUUGAAUUUGAUGAUAUACUGUAUUUCAUAAUUUUUUUUGGUUUGGUCGUAAUUUUGUCAUUUUUUAAAACUUUUUCAAAUGUAAUGGCGGCUCUGAAUAAAGCUAAGCGGCCAUUCACAUUCGAAUCCCUCAAAAAUCAACAGGCACGCCUUUGUCUGCUCCAAGCUUAGCCGUUGCAAUGUAUUUGUAUCUCGAAAGAUAACUCUUGUUGAUAGCUCAUUAAUCAAAAUGCUAAUGUUAUCUUACCCACAUGCUAACAAGUUUAGGAUCUAUAUUUUAGCUAUUUGAAAGUAAGCAAUGCACUUAUUGUAACGUUUAUAUAUAUAUAUAUAUAUAUAUAUAUAUAUAUAUAUAUAUAUAUAUAUAUAUAUAUAUAUACACACACAGUAUAUCAUGGUUAAACUUUGCUGUUGUUUGUUAUCGUUUUAACCAACAUGCUAAUGUUAGGCUCUAAGGAGAGGCGCCAUCGUCGCUAGCUAUGGAUAUAAGGUACUCGGGCUAGCUACAGCUUCCUGGUUGCAAUGUUUGUGUAGGCUUUUUGGGUGAAGCUUGUCGGACAACAAUAUUAAGCCCUACACCAUUCACAGAUUCAUCUAUUCACCUCUCCUGUAUUUUUAUGUUGUUUGCGUCAUGACUUAAAAUGCCACAAGAUUCCACCAAAACACCCUGGUCCUUUAUGUUAGUGUAGGAGUAGCUAAUGUUGGCCACAGGCUGAUGGCCAGCUAGACGGCGAAUAGCGACGUGAUAAAAGAUUUCAGUAAAGGUCCAAAAAGGUCAAAAAACAGCUAGUUGGAAAGUAGUAAUUGUUAUUUCUAGGGGUUGUGAAGCGGCAACAUACAUGCCAGCGUCCUUGCACUUCCUCUGCAUUAUUUCUGAAUCAAACGAUCUGGAAGCCAUUUAUUUUUCUAAGUAAUGUUGAAAUAUGACUGAAAUUGUAUUAAAAGUGUUUCGGGAUUAUGGUUUGGGGUAUAUUUAGGUUUUAAACUGUGAAUAUAGGCAAUCAUAAUCAUUUGGGGGGCGUCAUUUACUAGUGGAAAUCGCUAUUUGCGCCAGCACUCGGUUCCUAACCCCCAUGAAUGUGUGUGUGUGUGUGUGUGAGUGGGGGGGGGGGGGGG